AUGGUUGACCUUGAAGUACUUGCUCGGCAUAUUGCCGAUCUCACCAAAAUGAAGCAAGACCUCCAGAAUGUCAGACUGCGAGCAGUUAGAAUUCAAGGUGGCGCCGGCAAGGGGUCGUCACCUUCUCACAGUUCUCACGAAGAGACACCUCACACAGCACCUCAGAAAGAGAGGAGAAAAGCACCGUCGAAUAGGAGAAGGGACGGUGGCAUACCAACAGAGACUGGACGAUCUGACUCUGCAGAUAGCAGCUCAGAAGAAGAUAUGUCAGUAAUCGACCCAGUCCCUACCCAGCGACAAGAAUCAAUGAUAUGGUGGUUCGAAACGUUCGGCAUCCUCGGAUUAGCGCACAGAGUGAACGGAAUCGCUCAAGAGGAGAAACAGGCCGAAAUAUUGACCUCUCGUCGGGGCAAGCGAAAGCGUCCCCGGCGUGACCGUAGCUCCAAUGACGACGGCUACGACGAACAAGGCAAUGUCGACAGGGAAAGUGAUUCACCUGACGACGAUGAUAUUGAUCAUGACACAGGAGGUCACAAGAGCUGGGACAUAGUCAUCAAUGACUACCGUCAAGGCGGAAAAUCAAGGAUGAUAUACUACCUUUCCUCAAUCCCGAGUGAGUUAUUGCUCGCGUUGUUGGAAGGCAACAUUCCCAGCAAGAUGCAGAAUCCUCAAUUCCGAGAGGACUUUCGCAGCUACACACAGCUGCGGCAAGGCCCAGGAUCGUAUGUGGUAUAUAUUGCGCUUACCGAUCCUAAGACCCAAACACAGCCAGGGCAAGGGACGCGCAACCACAUCGGGCGGAGCUUCUCGUUGGAACAGCUUUCCACUGUUGUUGAUGAACUGAAAGAAUACAUCAACGUGGAUACGGCUUCCGUGCAGUCUCAGGAAAAGGCCAAGGCAAUUGACGCCAAACUUGGGCAAGUAAAGGCCCCAAUCGGGUACAAACAUGCUCGUCGGUAUGGCUCCGGGUCCGAUCGAACGGGAUUCAACAAACACCAGGGCUUUAUCGAGAGAAUCGAAGAGAUGUACUGGAAAUAUAGUGCAGAGCUCUUGGAGGAAGGGAAGCAUCACCUACUGAGAAAACCACUCGAAAGGUGCUUUGCGUAUGUCGGACUCGCUGUCAACGUUCAGAACCGAGUCCCCCAACACUGGUCCGUGAACAAGUCGGGCAGUCCAGUACUUGGGUUAAUGCGGGCUCUUGCAUCCUAUCUCUUCGACACUCAGUAUGGAAUUGAAGAAUCUUCCUACAUGAUCUUUCGGGCGACGAGGAGCGACGACAUCAAGCUUCUCGAAAUCGUCACGUCCAUACUUGCAUCCAGUUUCAUCUGGGACGGUGGUCUCAACAUUACACAUGCUGGGACUAGCAUCGGAGCUUCUGACUGGAGCGACCCGAGGGUGGUCGACAAAAUGCAGAAAUUUGCGGACAAUAUCUCACAGUCAGGUAUGAUGGAUAGACACAUUGCCGAUGAUGACGAGAAAGUCCAAUCGGCAAGACUCGUCAUGUCCAUCUGGUCUGAAUACGACAGUGUCGAUCAGGCCUUACAGGCAAUCGCUUCCGGAAGAAGACCUAUCGGCCUAACAACGGACGGCACGAACCGGGGGGAAGCGCAAGAUGGUAGUCCAAGGCAGUGGCAAGGAAGACUCCGCCCACGGGAAAGCCAAGAUAAUGCCACAAGAAGGGCUCGGAUAGCUGAUCAUGGCACCAUGUCGUCAGUUGAAUCCUCCUCGGAUCAGAUGGAAGUUUCAUAUGAUGACGAUACGGCGGCGUGUUUGGACCCCAACGUGAAGGGAAAGCAGCCUCUGCGAAAUCAACCACUGCCUAAUGAAGAAGUUCUUGAAGGGGUAGAGGUUGAACAAAUGCUCGAUCAAUUCAUCGAGAAGUGCAAAGACCUUGAAGAGCUUAUCGAGAUGCUCGAGGACUUGCACAAUCUCUCAGAAGCUUCGAAAGCUUACAUGGCACUUGUAGCGGAUGCAAAGCCGCAAGUGUUCAAGUGGCUACUCAUGGAGUCAACACGCUAG